AUGCUCUCGGGCGCCCCGCACCAAAAUGGCCGCUGCGUCUGUCGGCGCGGCCGCCGCGAGACGGCAGUUAGUGGGCAUGCUCCCUGAGUGCCUCGCACCGGCAUGGCUGCCGCCUUCUCACGAGUGACUGUACUUCUCGGCUUCCGAUCCUAGCCAGCCAGCGCUCGUUUCCCUGUUGGAAGCUUGGCGGAGCCGGGGAGAGGUGCGGGGGUGAACGGUGAGAGGGAACCGCGAGCUUCCGCUCCGGCUCCUGUCGGAGAAGAUGGCCGAGGGCGAGCGGCAGCCGCCGCCAGAUUCUUCAGAAGAGACCCUUCCAGCUACUCAGAACUUUAUCAUUCCAAAAAAGGAGAUCCACACAGUUCCAGAUAUGGGCAAAUGGAAGCGCUCUCAGGCAUAUGCUGACUACAUUGGCUUUAUCCUUACCCUCAAUGAAGGUGUGAAGGGGAAGAAGCUGACCUUCGACUACAAAGUCUCUGAGGCCAUAGAGAAGCUGGUGGCACUUCUUGAUACGCUGGAUAGGUGGAUUGAUGAAACCCCGCCAGUGGACCAGCCUUCCCGAUUUGGGAACAAAGCAUACAGGACCUGGUACGCCAAACUUGAUCAGGAAGCAGAAAACUUGGUGGCCACAGUGGUCCCCACCCACCUAGCUGCUGCUGUACCUGAAGUGGCAGUUUACCUGAAGGAGGCUGUGGGGAACUCCACACGAAUUGACUAUGGCACAGGGCAUGAGGCUGCCUUUGCUGCUUUCCUCUGUUGUCUCUGCAAGAUUGGUGUGCUCCGGGUGGACGACCAGGUGGCUAUUGUCUUCAAGGUGUUUGAUAGGUAUCUUGAGGUCAUGCGGAAGUUGCAGAAGACAUACAGGAUGGAGCCUGCGGGCAGCCAGGGCGUCUGGGGUCUGGAUGACUUCCAGUUCCUGCCCUUCAUCUGGGGCAGCUCCCAGCUCAUAGACCACCCCCACCUGGAGCCCAGACAUUUUGUGGAUGAGAAAGCGGUGAGCGAGAACCACAAGGACUACAUGUUCCUCCAGUGCAUCCUGUUCAUCACUGAGAUGAAGACCGGCCCCUUUGCAGAGCACUCCAACCAGCUGUGGAACAUCAGUGCUGUCCCCUCCUGGUCUAAAGUGAACCAGGGCCUCAUUCGCAUGUAUAAGGCAGAGUGCCUGGAGAAGUUCCCUGUGAUCCAGCACUUCAAGUUCGGGAGCCUGCUGCCCAUCCAUCCAGUCACAUCAGGCUAGGAGAGGCUGAACGACCAGAGCCACCCUGGCCAGGUCCCUGUGCCCUCUCUGACCCAGCACCCCUCCCGCCCACCUUCUGUUCUUUCUGUUUGAUGAGAGGCUAUUUACUGAGAUGGGUGCUAAGCAAGGCCUGAGUUGGGAAUUGACCAAAGUGUGGCCAGUUUUUUGACUGUCCAUCUGGUGGAUAAGCAAGAAGUGAGGGACUUGGCCAUGGCCCAGGCCCUGCCCAUCCCUGUGCGCCUGCUUCCUUUCCCUCCUGCCCAGGCCCAUGUGGAGGAAAUGAGGACAUCCUGCUCUUCCCGUUCCUUCCCCCGAUGUGAUGGCCCCCUCAUUAAGAGCAGGAGCCCCGUGCCUCCAGGGCCUGUUGGUUUCCCACUAGCCGUCCACUGGGUAUCUGCUAUGGGGCUGGAGGGUAAGGGGGCGGGGAGAUGGUUUGUAGGGGCCGUGGAUGAUGAGGCUGGUCUUCUCAAGGCACCGUCCUGGCCCUGGGGGACCUAUGUCCACCUUCAUGCUGGCUUUGUUCCCUGGCCCUUGGCUUUGCUAGUUUUCCUGACUGUUAACAAAGCAUUCCCCUUCCUGGGGACAGCCUAGCUAUGGAAGCUUCCCUGGGCUCCUGGGAAAGCCCAUUGCUUGGGUAAGAUCUGCCUUUCCAGAAAAACUCAGGGAGGCAGUAGGACUGUGUGUCUGGAGAACCUAGUUUCCUCCAGUCAGUCUCAGGCCUGCAGAUCUGCUGCCUCUGCCUGCUUUGAGUGGUCUCGAGCUUCACCUGAGGCCCUUGGCUGGCUGCUCUGCUCCCCUGGGUCAGUUUGUGGCUUGUGGGGGAGGAUAAAGAAGGCAGCAGGCCUCUCUCCCGCUUCCCUUUGUGAGAUGAGGUAAGUGCCUGCCUGGCCUGGGCAUAAACUCAGCAUGGGUAGGGCUGCUCAGGGGACCGAGACACAGUCUAGUCGCCCGUUUUCUCCCAGCGUGUGGCUGACUGGUACCUGCAGACCCCUGUCCCGCUUGAGCCUGCCCUUCUGCACUGCCCACCCUGUGUCUGUGCCCCCUUUGUGGAGUGGACACUGACAAGCACAACCCAGGGGCUUGGCCAGGGAUUAACUAUGUAUGACCUGGGCAGAGCUGGCAUUGAAGUCAUCAGUCACGGGCAGUUUCCCAGGAAAGGCCCACUGCCAGCCAGCCUUCCAGGGUCAGGCCUCCCUGGCUCCCUUCCCUGUUCCUGGGUCCCCAGCCCUGCGCCUCCCUUGCUGUUUGGAUUAAAGCCUCUGUUUUACACCUG